AUGGAUUUAAGAGUGGGUAGAAAAUUUAGAAUUGGUAGAAAAAUUGGUAGUGGAUCCUUUGGUGAUAUUUAUCACGGGACAAAUUUGAUUAGCGGUGAAGAAGUGGCUAUCAAAUUAGAAUCCAUUCGAUCUCGUCAUCCACAGUUGGAAUAUGAGUCCCGAGUUUAUAGAUAUCUAAGUGGUGGUAUUGGUAUUCCAUUUAUCCGAUGGUUUGGCCGUGAAGGUGAAUACAAUGCAAUGGUUAUCGAUUUAUUAGGCCCAUCUUUAGAAGAUCUGUUCAACUAUUGUCACAGAAAAUUCUCUUUAAAGACUGUCAUAAUGUUGGCUUUACAAAUGAUUUUCAGAAUCCAAUAUAUUCAUGGGAGAUCUUUUAUUCACAGAGAUAUCAAACCGGAUAAUUUCUUAAUGGGAACAGGACGUCGUGGUAGUACAGUUCAUUUAAUCGAUUUUGGUUUAUCCAAAAAAUAUAGAGAUUUUAAUACACAUCGUCAUAUCCCAUAUCGUGAGAAUAAAUCCUUGACGGGUACUGCUAGAUAUGCGUCUGUUAAUACACAUUUAGGUAUCGAGCAAUGUAGAAGAGAUGAUUUAGAAUCUUUGGGUUAUAUCUUUGUCUAUUUCUGUAAGGGUUCUUUGCCAUGGCAGGGUUUAAAGGCAACAACAAAAAAACAAAAAUAUGAUCGAAUCUUGGAGAAGAAAUUGAGCGUUAAUGUCGAUACUCUAUGUCAAGGUUUGCCUGUUGAAUUUAAAGAUUAUUUGAAUUACUGUAAGAAUUUGAAGUUCGAUGAAAGACCAGAUUAUUUAUAUCUUGCACGGCUUUUUAAAGAUCUUUCAAUAAAAUUAGAAUAUCAUAACGAUCAUUUAUUCGAUUGGACCAUGUUACGUUAUACUAAAGCUAUGGUCGAAAAACAACGUGAACUAUUAAAUAAUAAUAAUAGUAAUAGUAAUAGCGGUAGUACUAACCAAAACAUUAAUCUAAUCACAAACAAUAAUAAUAACAAUACUACUCAAGAUCCAAAUGGUCAAAAUACUAAUAAUUCUCAUAUUACAACUACACAAGAAGAUAAAAAUGAAGCAUUUGAAAAGAUAAAAUUGUUAACUAUGAAAAAAUUUGCAUCUCAUUUCCAUUAUUAUAAAGUAGAUUGUAAAUACAAUCCGACUCCAGAAGAAAUUAAACAACAAACCAUCGACAAUAAUAAUUUGAUUUCUUCAUUGCCACAAGAAUUGUUAAAUGCUGUGGAUAAAGGUAUGGAUCAACUAAAACAACAACAGCAGCAGCAACAGCAGCAGCAACAACAAUCAAGUGAACAACUAGACGGUCAGAACUUACAUCUACAACAACAUCAAGAAACGUUAUUGGAACAGCAAAGAAGAGAUCCAACAAGACAAUAUAUUCCUACUGUUCAACAACAAAUAAAUAGACCUGUUGGUUCUACUCAAUAUCCUCCUCAGAUUUCUGUCCCAGGACACAUACAAUCCCGCAUACCACAGCAGCAACAACAACAACAACAGCAGCAUCAGUCUCAACAACAAAGUAAUAAUAAUCUUUGGCUAUAG